AUGAACCACACAACUGUAGUGGAGUUUGUUCUCCUGGGACUGGCAAACAGCCGCCAGUGGGAGAUCACCCUCUUUGUGUUCCUUGGCAUUGCCUACCUCUUGAUCCUGCUUGGAAACAUUUCUGUCAUCAGCAUCACUCUUACCAAUAACUUCCUCCAGACCCCCAUGUACUACUUCCUCAGGAAUUUUGCCCUUUUGGAAAUCACCUUCACCUCCACCUUCCUUCCCAGCACCCUGUACAGCCUCUUGACAGAGAGGAAGACCAUUUCCCUGCCUGGCUGCUUCCUCCAGAUGCUGCUUUUCUACUGCCUGGGUACCUGCACCCUUUUCUACAUGGCAGUGAUGUCCCUGGACCGCUACGUUGCCAUCUGCCACCCCUUGCACUACCCAGCCAUCAUGAACAGCAGAUUCUGCCUGCAGCUCAUCCUGGGCUGCUGGGCACUGACUUUUCUCCUGAUGCUUCCCCCCACCAUCAUGACAGUGCAGCUGCCAUUCUGUGGUCCCAAUGUCAUGAAUCACUUUUACUGUGAUGCUUCCCUGUUGUUGCAGCUGUCCUGCACAGACACAGCCUUCAUCGAAGAGCUGAUGUUCAUCAUCCUCAUCCUCAUCCUCCCCGGUACCCUGAUAGUAACUGCUGUUUCUUAUGGCUGCAUUAUUGUCACCAUCUUGCUUAUUCCAUCAUCUGCAGGCAGGAGGAAGGCAUUUUCCACGUGCUCAGCUCACCUCAUGGUGGUGAUGGUGUUUUACAGCACCUGCAUUUACAGGUACAUCCGCCCAGCCCAGCGAGGUGGGCAGGACUCUGACAAAGUUCUGUCUUUGUUCUUCUCCGUGCUGACUCAGUCAGUCAACCCUUACAUCUACUCACUCAGGAACAGGCAAGUCAAGCAAGCUUUAAAGGAGAAAAUUCUGAAGUUUUCUGGCUCCCUGAGGCAGAUGUGA